UUUUUUUUAUUUUUAUUUUUUUUAUCUUCUCAAACUUUGAGGACUGAUCAUCCUAUCAAUAAUUUGCGCUGUUGCCCACCAUGGCAGAAACAGUAAAUGUGAAAAGUCUUUCCGAUGACCAGAUCGAACAGCUUCUUCGAGAAGCUGAGAAAAGAUUAAAAACAAAACAACGGGGACAAGAUGAAAAAGCUGUCGCCGUACCCAACAAGACGGAUGUCGUGAAGGCCUCCCAACCAGACUCCUCAGCGCCAAAGGUAGCAUCUCUAGUCUCUUCCAAGGACAAAUCCAAGUCCGAAGAGUUGUCGGUAAGAGUGCCCGAGGUUCGAAAAUCUAAAAAAGAAAUGGCUGUUAAGGCAGAUGCUGGACCUUCGUGGUUUAAUCUUCCCCGGACUGAUCUUACCCCCGAACUUAAAAAAGAUCUACAGUUAUUACGUAUGCGUGAUGUUCUAGACUCCAAGCGAUUCUAUCGCAAGGACAACACAAGGGCCCUCGUACCUCAGUUCUCGUCGGUUGGGACUAUAGUUGAAGGUCCCACCGACUUCUUCAACGCCAGAUUGACCAAGAAGGAGAGGAAGCGUACUCUUCUCGAGGAAGUCCUGGAGACUGAGGAUGCCACUCGCAAAUUCAAGAGCAAGUAUGGCCAGAUCCAAGAGGUAAAGAAGAGCGGUAAGAAGGGCCAUUACAAGAAAAUGAUGGAAAAGCGAUAUGGCCGCAAGAAUCAGGGAUGAAUAUUUGAGAUGGGGGAGUCUUAUCUCCACUGCACAUAGCAUAGUAUGCACGAAGUGUUACACCUACUGGAUACCCCUAAAGAUGCUCUGGUGUUUUAGGAAGGCGAAGAGCAUUCAUUACCGGCGGGCUGGAUCAUAUUAUUCCAGCCCCCCAUAUGAUUUAAAAAGAGGCGUAUAAUAAUUAUUGAGAAUAUAAAGACAGACGUCGCUGCGAAGCUCAUCGUGAUGCGUCUCGACUUAGUCAUAGAACCAAGCUCUCCUAUCCUAGGUUAAAAUACUAGGUACCUUACUUGGACGCUUGAGGGUUAGACUAUUUCAAAUAGAGCAACGUCAUAGCCUCGUAGAGAGGAUAGUUACCUGAGGUAGUACCUAAGUCCCCAUAGGCCUAACAAAUGAGAAUAAAUCAAGUAUUUCACAACAUGCUUAUCGGGUAUCUUGCAAGUUUAUCUACCUAGGUAUCUCAGAUGAUGAAGCGUUUU